AUUGAUUUUGUGCUAGCAGAGAUAGAGAUACAGAUUUGAGACGCAAAAUGGUCAAAAAAAAGAAAUUAGCUUACCUCUGUCCUGAGCGAGCAAGAAGCGUCUGUCCAAUGAGUGUCGCGUGCCUGCCAAAACUUUAAUUGACUGAGUGAAGCGGCCGGUGCGGGCGCAAGCGGUGAUCUGUCAAAAAAUAUUGUGCUCUCUCCCCACACCAUCACAGGUUUUCCUUGAUUUUUUGCCCCUAGUGGCAUCAUUUCUGACUAUAUCUCCAUACAUCAUCUGGUUUGGAGUUUUUGUUAUCGCAAAUCAGCAUUUUUUGCUUACAGUCUGCUCAUUGUAUCUUUAUCCAAAAAACGUAGUUGUUGAAACGCAGUCUUCUUUUGCACAAAAUAUCGAAAAAGUAGUUGGUGGCAAAAGGGCAUCUUCAAGUGAAAACAUAUUUCUGAAGGUCGAUUCAUCUUUUUUUUUUUUAGCAAGAAGAAAAAAUGGAUAAGAUAUUGCCUUUCACCGAGGCGAAGGAGUGUACUCCGGCUCAGUUGGUGGUUGUUACUGGGAUUUACGGUGCUGUCCUCUUUCAGGCCGCAGGCCUCAUCGGAGAUGGGUAUUUCAAUCUUGCGGGUUGUGUCUCGUUACGAUCGUUGGUGUAUUUCUAGCUAUGUUGUAUGUCUGCAAUUUAUCCGCAGAUAUGCACCAUGCAUAAGGGCUACGGUUAUUUCUCAAAUAAAGCCCACUGACUUUACAAUCUACUUAGGCUAUCCUUCUCAGCCUUUUCUUCAAUUUUUAUUGUUGUCGCACUCAGGUCUGAGUUGUUGCUCUUGGUUCCGGCAUACGCUGAUUUGGUCGGCAGCGUCGUCUUGCCGGUUCUCGGUGCGGUCCCAGAUGGUAUGAUGGUGCUCUUCAGUGGUCUCGGUCCUCGAGACGUCGCACAGGACCAGCUCUCAGUCGGCGUCGGCGCCUUGGCUGGUAAUUACAAUCAUAGACGAAUCAAUCGACUUGCAACCUGUCGUGCUGAUUACGUCGUAGUUACAUUAUGUUGUUCUGGGAGCUUGUCUUUCUGUUUUCAUUGUCUGCUUCCCUCUGAAGGCUUUGCAUUAUGCCUAUCUGAUUUUUCGAAUCAAUAAUGCCACCUUCGUUCCAAUGCUACCUUCAUUUUUUCAUGUACCUUCGUUCCUCGUCAAACGUCACUAGGUUCCACGAUCAUGCUUCUGACGAUUGCGUGGUACGCUGGUGCCAUGGGUGGUCGCGUGAGUAUCGUGAAGGGACAACCGAAGUACACAUCACCCAAGUUGGACCCACCGGAGGAUAUGGAUCUCAUGAAAACCGGUUUCAAAGUCGGACCCAAAAUCAAAAAGAACUCAGUGGUAAAAAAUUAGUAUUUGGAAAUGUUUUUGGUUAUUAUGUUGAUGAUAUCCAGUCGUGUUAAUUUUGAAAUGAAGCGAAAUGGAUCUGCUGCGUGGUUUCAUGAGGAGUUUUCUUUUGUUUUCGCCGAGAAGGAUAACCAAGUUGAAAACAUAAUAAUCCACUUACUCCACUUCUCAGAUUAUGAUGAUCACGUGCCUUUUGUACUUCUUCGUGCAAAUUCCGGCGAUGAUGGUGCCAAGCGACGAGGAGCUCGAGAAGGAAGCAAAGAAGACCGGCAAGUCCGUGUUUGAUCUGAAAGCUGAGGCGGUGAAUGGUCCGGCUGCCUUGGGACUCAUCGGCUGCGUCAUCUGCUUUUUCGCGUAUCUGUGGCUCCAAACUCAGAAGGAUGAAGCCAACGAGCAAGUUGCACAGAAACAACUGGUACUGUUUUAUACACGAAUUCUGAUACAGAUAGAUUAUAUUUACAACAAUACCUCCCUUGGCGUUGCAUCUGUAGCUUAUGGCUUAUCCGAAUCCUAUUCUAACAACCAACGCACGCGCCAUGGUGCUGACAUAUUCCCAGUGCAAAUGACACUAAAAACGAUCUGCAAUACGACUUCAUGACCAGGCCGACUGCCGCUACGAGUCUAUUAAGAGUGGCGUGGUGACCUUGCGAGGUGCGAUGGAGGCAGCGCUAUUGCCGAAGGCCGACGCAUCUUCGAAGGGUGUCAACGAGUCUUCUCUCCUUGACAUCUCGGAGAAAGACAAGUCAGAUAUGAAAGCGGUUUUGAAGCCGUUUUUCCAGUACUACGACGUGGACAAGUCUGGCACCAUCAACAGGAACGAAUUCGGUACUUUCAUAUAUACAUGUUGAAUUAUGUACAUCUACCUCGAUGAAAGCAGACCUCCUCACAAUGGCAUCUUUUUCAUGAGAACGAGCUCGUCCAAGUUUUUAUAAGAUCAGGACACCGCUUCUAAUCUUCCAACACCACUGAUCAUUCUUCUUUUGUUAUCGAUUUGCAGGCAAAGUGUUGACGGAUCUGCGCGAGUACAUGGACGAGGAGAGCGAAGCGCGGCUCUUCCGAGCAGCUGAUGUGGAUGACAGUGGACAAAUUGACUUCUCAGAAUUCGUUGUGCUGAUGAUCAAAUAUAUUAGAGCCGGGGAAUUGCAAGGAUCCUCCUCGCAGACCAUCAAGCGAAUCGGAACACCACAGGAAACAGGCAGCGAAGGAGAGUCCGAAGACGAGGAAGAAGAAGUGCCGGAAGAUCUUCGAACACUCUCGCCAGAAGAACAGUAAUAUUUUUUUUGAACUGCGCCGCACGUCUAUGGUUCACUGAGGCUUUCUUUCGAUUAAGCUUGCUCACUUUUUGUCUCUCUUUAGAUAGGUGCUAUUCUAAGAACCUGCUAGCUUCUACUACGUACUUGAUGUUUUAUUCCAACAAUUAUAUAUAAUCAUUCACUCCUCGCCCCUCGCUCCAGGCAACGCGCCUUGCAGGUCCGCGCAGCAUGGAUGAUGGGCGUGGGGACGAUCUUGGUUCUUAUUUUCUCGGAUCCGGCUGUCGAUGUCUUGAACGAGAUCGGGAAGCGAACGGGGAUUCCUUCUUUUUACAUUUCUUUCAUCCUCGCACCACUUGCAUCGAAUGCGUCAGAACUUGUCGCAACUUACAAGUACGGAUCCAAGAAGACGGUCAGUAGCAUGACGAUCUCUUUGGCGACACUGCUCGGAGCGGCAUGUACUACACCUUACAAUUUCCUAUUUCUACCUAGAGAAGCGAGUCAUUAUGAUAGAGAUAGAUAAUGAAUUUGAUGCUGGGGAUGGAAUGACAUGGUCAUGAAAAAGUAUGGCUCUCUUACCUUAAUAUGUUUAUGAUCUCUCCAUGAAAAAGAUACCACAGGUAUGAACAAUACGUUUUGCCUUGCGAUUUUCUAUGCGCUCAUCUGGGGUCAGAGUUUGGUCUGGACUUUCACCGCCGAGGUUGCCGUGAUCAUCCUGGUGCAGUUGAUUGUUGGUGUCAUAGCGCUGAAGUCGAUUCAACGCAUGUACGAAGCUACCGUUAUCGUUUCGCUGUUCCCGCUCAGUCUCGUCUUCGUGUGGGUCGCCAAUAACAUCUUCAACAUCCCGUAAUUCUUUCACAGGUUAGACAGAGCAUGAGAAACAAUCUGUGACUGUUGAACGAUGUGGAGGUAAAAGAAGAGGCCUGCCUAGGUUCUAUGAGGAGGAGAACGGGAACGGAAAAAAACGUGUCUUUCCGGUUUGCUUAAGGGGGAGAAGCAGAUCAGACGAGAGCGGGAGAGCAAAUUAUGGAGUAUCGGUCCCCGCAGGCGCUUAAACUAAAGAGUACUACCUUUUUUCGCGGAUAGGGGGUAGCAACCACUCAGCUAAGGAGGGUAGGUCACUGACUACAGGGAAGCGAACAGUGAAUGUUGGUGCUAAGUCUUGUCGAAUUAGCACAAAUAACAUUUAGGGAAGCGAACAGUGAAUGUUGGUGCUAAAUCUUGUCGAAUUAGCACAAAUAACAUUUUGUAGAAGGCUGUACUCUUUUUCCAUGGAGAGAAACAUAGAAGUGGUCCGUCUUCUUGCUAGAAGGUGUUUUUUUCACAAACCAGCAAUGGGCUAAUGAUUGUGCUUCAUCUACCCAGGACUGAAGCUUGUUUUUUUGAUUUAUUUUUCUUCGCGGACUUUCUUGACAUAGAUAUGAGUUUGUACACUACGUUUUUUGGUUGAGAAUAAAGACUGAUCGUCAAAAAUAGUAUGGUGUUGGUUACGGAUUAUGAUUUUCUUUAUGUUUAUGGAUUAUGUCUGUGCCGAAUUGCGUCUGGAUUUGACGAGGCUUCGCGCUGAUCCGGCCAUUCGGAUCUGGGUGACCGCAGAAAAAAAUCCUUUACGCAGUAUAAUACGAUGAAAUUAAAUCUGCACUGCUUGAUAUUUUGUGUUGUGAUUGACUUUUCUCCGAUUGACAACCAUGGUAUAAGUAUGUAUGUAUCUUCUCCGCCAGAGUUUGCAUAUUUUGUUAUCAUUUUGCGCGUACUGGUCAAAAAAUGUAUGUAAGUAGUUUAGCUUUUUAAAGUGACGAAAGACACCAGAAAGAAAAAGAAUUGUGAACAAGAUAAACCGCUGGAGCGCAAAUAGUACUAUUGGUCAACCAUUUGUUACACCAG